AUGCUUUGUGUUGCUCCUCCUGCAGGCUGUGCAUAGAUUAAGCAGUCAGUCACUCUGCUCACAGACAGCCUUUCCCAUCUUGCCUCUUAUUGUCUGUCUGAUCGAACGUUCGCAGCUGAUUUGCAACAAAAAGAAAAGGGAUCGAAUCAAUAGUAAAAGAAAGGAUUCUCUGCUGAUAGGAGGCCGGCUGCUUUGCAUUCAGGGCCGGCGUGUUGGAUUCCAGUCGUGCAUGCUGCAAUCGGCAGAGUAUAUCAGAGCUGUGCAUCGGUCACCGCUUCCAUUGGUGUCUGAGCAGCACUUGCAGAGAGGAGGCGAUGCUUUUACCGAGGAGACCCCUGUUAUCUGACAUUACCCUCAGCUGCCUCACUCUUUUACUAUGCUUACGGGUAAAGGUGUCUAUAGCAUCAGGGCAGUUCGAAUUGGAAAUCUUAUCAAUGCAGAAUCCCAAUGGAGAGGUGCAGAAUGGCAAUUGCUGCGAUGGAAUCCGCAAUCCCAGCGACAGAAAGUGCACCCGGGACCAGUGUGACACUUUCUUUAAAGUUUGCCUAAAGGAGUAUCAGUCCAGGGUGACCGCAGGAGGGCCCUGCAGCUUCGGCUCCGGAUCUACCCCUGUCAUAGGGGGCAAUUCCUUUACCCUAAAAUACAGCCAGAAUAUUGAGAAGAACAGGAUUGUGCUGCCUUUCAGUUUUGCUUGGCCGAGAUCUUACACUUUGGUUGUGGAAGCGUGGGAUUACAACAAUGAUACAAAUGACGCUGAUGAUAUCAUAGAGAAGGCCCUUCACUCCGGUAUGAUUAACCCAAGUAGACAAUGGCAAAUACUGAAACAGAAUGCCGCAAUGACACAUUUCGAAUACCAGAUUCGGGUCAUUUGUGACGAGCAUUAUUACGGUUUUGGCUGCAACAAAUUUUGCCGACCGAGGGAUGACUUUUUUGGUCACUACAUGUGCGAUCAGAAUGGCAAUAAAACCUGUCUGGAAGGCUGGAUGGGACCUGAAUGUAAAAGAGCAAUAUGUCGUCAAGGCUGCAGCCCAAAACAUGGUACAUGCACGACGCCAGGAGAUUGCAAAUGCCAGUAUGGAUGGCAAGGCCAGUACUGUGACAAGUGCAUACCGCACCCUGGAUGUGUCCAUGGCACGUGCAUUGAGCCGUGGCAGUGUCUGUGUGACACGAACUGGGGUGGGCAGCUCUGUGACAAAGAUCUCAACUACUGUGGGACGUACCAGCCCUGUAUGAACGGAGGCACGUGCAGUAAUACCGGCCCUGACAAGUACCAGUGUUCUUGCCCUGAUGGUUAUUCGGGUCAAAACUGUGAAAUUGCCGAACAUGCCUGCCUUUCUGAUCCCUGCCACAAUGGAGGAAGUUGCUUAGAGACAUCUGUGGGAUUUGAAUGUCUGUGCGCCCCAGGCUGGACGGGUCCCACAUGCAUCCUAAAUAUUGAUGACUGCUCCCCAAAUCCAUGCGCCCAUGCUGGAACUUGUCAGGACUUGGUGAAUAGCUUUAAGUGUGAUUGUCCUUCUCAGUGGACUGGCAAAACAUGUCAAAUAGAUGCCAACGAGUGUGAAAGCAGGCCUUGCGUGAAUGCAAACUCAUGCCGAAAUCUGAUUGGUAGCUACUAUUGUGACUGCAUUCCUGGCUGGACGGGUCAAAACUGUGACACAAAUAUUAAUGAUUGCAUUGACCAGUGUCAGAAUGGAGCAACUUGCACGGACUUGGUUAAUGGAUUUCGCUGUGUAUGUCCACCCGGCUAUGCAGGAGAUCGUUGUGAGAAAGACGUCAAUGAAUGUGCUAGCAACCCUUGCUUGAAUGGGGGUCAUUGCCAGGAUGAAAUCAAUGGAUUUCACUGUUUGUGCCCUGCUGGUUUCUCAGGAAACCUCUGUCAGUUGGACAUAGAUUAUUGUGAACCCAACCCUUGCCAGAAUGGAGCUCAGUGCUUUAAUCUUGCCACCGAUUACUUUUGUAACUGUUCUGAAGACUACGAGGGAAAGAAUUGUUCACACUUAAAAGAUCACUGUCGCACUACGCCUUGUGAAGUGAUUGACAGCUGUACGGUUGCUGUGACGUCAAACAGCACCCCAGAAGGUGUGCGCUAUAUUUCAUCUAAUGUCUGUGGGCCACAUGGUAAAUGCAAGAGUCAGUCCGGUGGCAAAUUUACCUGUGAAUGCAAUAAAGGUUUUACGGGAACCUAUUGUCACGAGAAUAUAAAUGAUUGUGAAAGCAACCCCUGCAAAAACAGUGGAACAUGCAUCGAUGGCGUCAACUCUUAUAAAUGUAUCUGUAGUGAUGGCUGGGAAGGCACGUACUGUGAAACCAACAUCAAUAACUGCAGUAAAAAUUCUUGCCACAAUGGAGGUACUUGUCGGGACUUGGUUAAUGAUUUCUACUGUGAAUGCAAGAAUGGGUGGAAAGGAAAAACGUGCCACUCCCAAGACAGCCAGUGUGACGAAACCACGUGUAACAAUGGGGGGACAUGCUAUGACGAAGGAGACACGUUCAAAUGCAUGUGUUCUCCUGGUUGGGAAGGAACCACUUGUAACAUAGCAAGAAACAGCAGCUGUUUGCCAAAUCCCUGCUUCAACGGUGGAACAUGCAUAGUCCGCGGGGACUCUUUCACUUGUGUUUGCAGAGAAGGCUGGGAAGGGCCAACAUGCUCUCAAAAUACUAAUGACUGCAAUCCGCAUCCGUGCUACAACAGUGGGACAUGUGUGGAUGGAGACAACUGGUACCGCUGUGAAUGUGCUCCUGGUUUUGCUGGCCCAGACUGCAGGAUUAACAUCAAUGAGUGCCAAUCUUCGCCGUGUGCUAUUGGAGCAACUUGCGUUGAUGAAAUUAAUGGUUUCCGCUGCAUCUGCCCACCAGCUCGCCUUGGUCCAAGAUGUCAAGAAGUUACAGGAAAGCCUUGCUUAACAAACGGUCAAAUCAUGCCAGACGGAGCAAAGUGGAACGAUGAUUGCAAUGCUUGCCAGUGUUUCAAUGGAAAGGUUACCUGCUCAAAGGUGUGGUGUGGCCCUCAACGUUGUGAGAUGCACAGUAAAGGUAGCCACCAGUGUCCAGCUGGACAGACCUGCGUUCCCAUCAAAGGCAACCACUGCUUUGUUCCUCCCUGCACUGGCGCAGGCGAAUGCUGGCCGUCCAAUCAGCCGCCAGUUAAAACAAAGUGUAAUGCGAAUACCAGUUACCAAGACAGCAGCUGCGCCAACAUCACUUUUAGCUUUAACAAAGAAAUGAUGUCUCCUGGUCUCACAACAGAGAGCAUUUGCAAUGAACUGAGGAAUCUUAACGUUUUGAAGAAUGUUUCCGCGGAAUAUUCCAUCUACAUUACUUGUGAGCCGUCUCCUUUGGCAAACAACGAAAUUCAUGUCGCUAUAUCUGCUGAUGACAGUCGAGAUGGCCGAAACCCAGUUAAGGAAAUUACUGAACGGAUCAUAGAACUUGUCAGUAAACGAGAUACCAACAACACUUUUCUUGCAUCUGUAGCAGAGGUCAGAGUGCAAAGAAGACAUACAAAAAACACAACGGAUUUUCUGGUGCCAUUGCUCAGUUCGGUCGUCACCGUGGCAUGGAUCUGCUGCUUGGUAACCGUAUUUUACUGGUGCAUCCGAAAACGCAGAAAGCAAAGUAACCACAGCCACACGGGAUCCGAGGACAACACCACCAACAACGUGCGAGAGCAGCUAAACCAAAUCAAAAAUCCCAUCGAGAAACACGGAGCGAACAGCGUCCCCAUUAAAGACUACGAAAACAAAAACUCCAAAAUUGCAAAAAUAAGGACACACAACUCUGAAGUCGAAGAGGACGACAUGGACAAGCACCAGCAGAAGCCCAGAUUUGUAAAACAGCCAGCUUACACACUAGUAGACAGAGAUGAAAAACCACCCAACAGCACUCCAACAAAACAGCCAAACUGGACAAAUAAACAGGAUAACAGAGACUUAGAAAGUGCACAGAGCUUAAACCGGAUGGAAUACAUUGUAUAGCAGACAGCGGCACUACCAUGCAGAGCUUGUGGCUGCUGUAAAGGGCUCGGAAUUUCUAGUUCUUAAACCGUUGUGUAAUAUUUGAGUCUAAGGCUAUUAUUUACUUAGAAUCCCUAUGUUAAUUUAAGUUUUGACAAGCUGGCUUACACUGGCAAUGAUAGUUGCUGUGGUUGGCUGGAAUACCAAGUGCUGCAUUUCACAUCUAUGCAAAACUAGUCAAAAGUGCCCUAAUGUAAAUUCAGACGCAGCUGAAAAACCUUGGAGGUCCUUCAUAUGACAUUGUAUAGCCUUCUUAGCUCUUAUGUUAUUUUUUUUUUUUUUGUUUCUUCAUCUUAAGGAUUUUCAUCAAUUGUCCAUAACAAUGCAGUCUUUAGA